ACAACAACGCCGGCAAGAACGCCAAAUCUGAGCCCUCGAGUCCUCAAAAAAUUUCCGAAAAACCAAUUCCCAAUGAAUUGAUCGAAGUAAUAUCACCAAUAACAGAUAAAUAAAAUGGCAUCGAAUGAUGGAAUUCCAUCGCCAGCAGUACCAGGUUAUCCUCCAGCAGCUCCUAGUAUGCCUCCAGGGUAUGGCCCACCGAUGAUGGGGACAGGACCAUUCAUUCCACCACCUGGAAUGCCCCCAGGACCACCUGGAAUGAUGCCUCCUCAGUUUUCCAUACCUCCACCUGGAUUUGGAUAUCCUAUGGCUGCUGGGGGUCCACCAGAGCCUGGAGUCAUUGCGGCUCCACCACAGAUAACAGCGCCAGCCCUACCAACCCUCCCGCCAUCGGAUCCCUCAUCCCCCGUUCCAAAUCCAUCUCCCCACCCUCUGACAAACCCCUCGACACCAACACCGGCUCCCUCGACCUCUCCCACGGAUAAAAAAUCUGACUGGACAGAGCACAAAGCGCCGGAUGGUCGUACCUACUACUACAACUCAACGACAAAGCAAUCUCUCUGGGAAAAGCCCGACGAAUUAAAAACUCCCUCCGAACUGCUGCUCUCCCAGUGCCCCUGGAAAGAGUAUAAAUCGGAAAACGGCAAAGUCUAUUACCACAACGUAACCUCCAAGGAAUCCCGUUGGACGAUUCCUCCAGAGCUCGAGGAGUUGAAAAACCGUAUCCUAGCUGAAGAGGCGGCAGCAGCAGCAGCUGUUGCUGUGGCAAGUGCCACCAAUACCGGUGGUAUAUCUCAAUUAAUCCAGCACUCAUCGCCGAAUGUCGUGGGAACCCCCGAAUCCACAAAUUCCGGUAAAUCCGCCAUUGAGCAGGCGAUGGCGGCAACAUUAGCUGCUAUUAAUAUUCCAACACCACCAGCAAAACCUGAUGAUGACAGCAACUCGGCGAAGGGUUCCGCCAAUGGAAGCAGAACAUCAACCCCAGAGCCAAAGGUCCAGUUUAAGGAUAAAAAGGAAGCCAUUGAGGCGUUCAAGGAGUUGUUGAAGGAACGCGAUGUGCCGUCCAAUGCCACUUGGGAGCAAGCUGUCAAGAUGAUAUCCAGUGAUCCAAGAUAUCCUUCAAUGAAGAAGCUCAAUGAGCGAAAGCAAGCGUUCAAUGCUUACAAAACUCAGAAGCUCAAGGAGGAGAAGGAAACAGAGAGACUCAGGUUGAAAAAAGCCAAGGAGGAUCUCGAGCAAUUUCUUCUUAAUCACGAGAGGAUGACUAGCACAACAAAGUAUUACAAGUGUGAGGAAAUUUAUGCUAAUCUUGAGAUAUGGAAAGCUGUUGGGGACUCCGACAGGAGGGAUAUCUAUGAAGAUGUUAUCUUCAACCUGGCUAAAAGGGAAAAGGAGGAGAUGAAGCUCCUGAAGAAAAGGAAUACCAAGAGGCUGGCCCAGGUUCUUGAUACCAUGACUGAUGUCACGUAUAGGACAACCUGGCAGGAGGCACAGUCUCUUCUGCUUCAGCACUCGGGUUUUGCUGAGGAUGCUGACCUUCUGGAAAUGGAUAAAGAGGAUGCUCUUCUUGUUUUUGAGAAUCAUAUUAGACAGCUUGAGAAGGACGAGGAGGAGGAGAAGGAGCGGGAGAAGAAAAGGAGGAAGAGACAGGAGAGAAAGAACAGGGAUGGAUUCAUAUCGCUCCUUGAUGAACUUCAUGAACAGGGAAAAUUAACGUCUAUGUCACUGUGGGUUGAACUUUAUCCAAUGCUCAGUGCAGAUCUCAGGUUUUCUGCUAUGUUGGGACAGCCUGGAUCCACUCCACUUGAUCUCUUCAAGUUUUACGUUGAGGAUUUGAAGUCUAGGUUCCAUGAUGAGAAGAAAAUCAUCAGGGAGAUUCUCAAGGAUAAAAACUUUGAGGUCCAGGUUAAUACGACGUUUGAAGCUUUUGCCACUGUUGUUUGUGAGGAUAGAAAAUCGGCGACUCUUGACGCAGGCAAUGUUAAGCUCACUUAUAAUUUACUGCUGGAGAAGGCUGAGGCCAGGGAAAAGGAGAGAGUCAAAGAGGAGACGAGGAAGUUUAAGAAGCUCGAGGGGGCUUUUAAGGGACUUUUGAAGAAUAUUGAGGUUGAUUAUCAGAUGGACUGGGAAGAGGUCAGAGCUAAGCUUGAAGAGGAAGCCGACUUCAAGGCGAUUACUUUGGAGAGUGAGAAAGUCCGCAUUUUCAAGGAGUAUCAGCAUGAUCUCGAGGAGAGUUGUGGACAUCAUCACAUUAGGAGUAAAAAGAAGAAAGGGAAGAAAGGGAAGAGGAAGUCCAGGUCCAGGAGCCACAGUCCUGAGUCUGAUGUCAGUGAUAAGGGAAAGAAAAAAAGGCAUAAGUCACGAUCCCUCAGUCCCUUGAGUAAAUCAGAGAGCUCAGAGUCCGAGAGUAAAAAGACUAAGAGAAAGAAGAGUAAGAAAAAGCGUGGCAGAAGUCAUUCGCGGUCGCAUUCACGUUUACCAUCAUCUGAGGACUCUCCAGACAGGAAAAAGAAGGAGGAGAAACAUCGUAGACCUUCUGGACACUCUGAAGGAUCAAUUCACGAUAAUGGAGAACACCAUGAACUCUCGGAGGAUGAAUUAGAGAAGCAGAGAGCGCAGUUGUUGAGGGAACUGCAAAUGCAGCAAGAGGAGAAUUGAGGAAACAUUUUCAUUUCAGGAGAUGAAUUUACAGUAAUGGCUCCAAGUAAAUGUUGUACAUAAAAUUAAUAAAGAGUUUUUUUUCUCUUUUUAA